AUGGAUGACUUUACUGUUUAUGGGUCUUCAUUUGAUGCAUGUUUAGAUAGCUUGUCUAAAGUAUUAGAUAGGUGUAUACAGUUCUAUUUAGUUUUAAAUUGUGAGAAAUGUCAUUUUAUGGUGACUGAAAGGACUAUACUAAGGCAUGUAGUGUCAAGUAGGGGUCUUGAGACUGAUAGAGCCAAGAUAGAUGUAAUUGUUUCUUUACCUUACCCUACUUCUGUGAAAGAAGUCGCUCUUUUCUUGACCAUGCAGAAAGAUACUGAUUUCAUCUUUGAUCAGACCUGUAAGGACAUUUUUGAUGAGCUAAAAAGACACCUCACUUCUACUUCUAUCAUUCAACCUUCAAGUUGGGAGAUUUUGUUCGAGCAUAUGUGUGAUGCUUUGAACUUUGCAAUUGGUGCUGUCCUUGGUCAAAAAUUUGACAUUGAGAUCAAAGAUAGAUGUGGUGCAGAAAACUUAGUGGCAGACCAUUUGAGCAGAAUUCAGCAGCCACUAGAGGAUCUCCCCAUUAGAGGGUAUGAUUCUUGGUGUGCAUACUUGGUGAAUUAUUUGGCUGCCAAGGAAAUUCCUACAUACUUUUCCAAAGCUCAAACUGCCAAGAUGAAGAGUGAUUCCAAGUACUACAUUUGUGAUGAUCCAUACUUAUGGAAGAUGUGCAGUGACAAGAUUAUCAGACGAUAUGUGCCUGAACCUGAGUUCCAAUCUGAUGCACACAACUUUUGUAAGACAUGCGAGCAAUGCCAAAGGACUGGAAACAUCUCGGGCCGGAAUGAGAUGCCCCAACUACCUCUCCUUUUUUGUGAGGUAUUUGAUGAAUGGGACACAGAUUUUAUAAGUCUUUUUCCUGUUACAUUUGGCUAUACCUAUAUUUUGUUAGUAGUGGACUAUGUCUCCAAGUGGGUGGAGGCAAAAGCCACUCGUACUGAUGAUACUCGUGUUGUUGUAGAUUUUGUGAAGUCAUAUAUUUUCUACAAGUUUGGAUUUUUCAUAGCAUUAAUUAGUGACCAGAGAUCACACUUUUGCAAUCGCAUAAUGGCUACCUUACUUCAGAAGUUUGGGGUUAUGCAUAAAGUUUUCACACCAUACCACCCUCAAACUAACGGACAAGCAGAGACCUCCAAUCGAGAAAUAAAGCAAAUCCUAGAGAAGACUGUCCUACCCAACAAAAAGGAUUUGAGUCUAUGCUUGGAGGAAGCUCUGUAG